AGAGACCUCUGGGUUCUUGUUCUGGGAAGGUUUCCAACCCGUCAUAAGAUUGGCAUUCCAGAGUUCAAGUAUGUUGCUAAUAUGCAUGGGGAUGAGACUGUUGGGAGAGAAAUUCUGCUCCAUUUGAUAGACUUCCUGUUGACAAACUAUAGACGUGACCCAGUUGUUACCCGGUUACUCAAUAAUACCCGGAUUCAUAUCAUGCCAACAAUGAAUCCUGAUGGAUUUGAAGCUACAAAAGUGCCUGAUUGUUAUUACUCACACGGAAGGUACAAUAAGAAUGGAGAAGAUCUGAACAGGAAUUUUCCUGAUGCCUUUGAAAAUAACAACGUCACCAUUCAGCCAGAGACUCAGGCAGUGAUGAACUGGAUAAAAAAUGAAACAUUUGUCCUUUCAGCAAACUUGCAUGGGGGUGCCCUGGUUGCCAGUUACACCUUUGAUAAUGGUAACUCAGUUACUGGCUCUUUAAAAGGCUAUAGCAGAUCUCCAGAUGACGAUGUCUUUAUUCACCUGGCAAAAACCUAUUCUUUCAACCAUGCCAGCAUGUACAAAGGGACUGGGUGUGACAACAGACAAAGCUUUCCAGAAGGCAUUACCAAUGGGUAUUCGUGGUACCAGCUGGAAGGUGGAAUGCAAGAUUACAACUAUGUUUGGGGACAAUGUUUUGAAAUUACAUUGGAGCUGUCAUGCUGCAAAUAUCCCCCAGCAGACCAGCUGGAGAAGUUCUGGAGAGACAACAAAGUUGCUUUGAUUGAAUAUAUAAAACAAGUGCAUCUAGGCGUCAAAGGUCAAGUUACUGAUAAGCAUGGGAAUCCUAUUCCAAAUGCAAUCGUGGAAGCUGAAGGAAGGCCUCACAUCUGCCCUUACAGAACAAAUGAACAUGGAGAGUACUUUCUUCUCCUUUUGCCUGGGAAAUACGUGAUCAAUGCUACUGUACCAGGCUUUAAAUCAAUGCUGAAGACAGUGGAAGUACCCAAUAAUACUGGUAACUUCAGUGCUUUGAAAUGUGACUUCUCUUUCUCAGAAAUCUCUAUCAGAACAAGAGAAGCUUCGUGUCCUAAAACUGCCCUCUACCAAGAGCUUGAACGUACUUCAGCAGCAGGAAAACCAACUUUACAUAUCUUCAUUUUCGUAACUGUUAUGCUUGCAGUUUUUAAAUAAAGACAAGAAUGAGAAGGCAAGGCAAAAUCCAUGUCUGCCUGCACAAAUGUGGCUUUUAAAACAAGUAAUUGUAUAUGCAAAGGAAUGUAUGUUUUAUAAAUGAAAAUCUCAGAUUUAAAAUCAUUUAUUGUAUUUUAUAAAGUACGGGCUAGACAAUCAAAUGUUUUACUUUAUAAUAAAUAGACAUAUUUUUCUACAUAAAUAUUUUAAUCUAUAAAGAAUUAUUGUACAGCCUGUGGAAAGAAUUUCCAUGUGAAAAGUAUAGAUUAAUUUUGAAGAGUUGUUUGAGUUCCAAAAAGUACACGACUGUACUGCAGCUAUUUCAAACAAACUCAAUCUUGUCAUUGAACCAAUGGUUAAUGUGCCCAUACCACUGUAAACAAUUGGUUUAAUCCCGAUUUCUCAUAAUAAAGCCACUGAUGUAAAUGGGGAAUGACAUUUGUAAGUAAGUAUGCUCUUUAUCUAUGCAGAUGAGACUGACAGGGCUGAAAUAAGGUACAAAGAUCAGUAACAGCUGUAAAACAAGAUGGACAUUAAAGCUGUAAGCAUGUUCCAAAGGGCACUGCUGCUGGAAGGUUAAUGACAAUCCAUGCUGUCAGGCAAGCCAACAGCAGACAUCUCUCUGAAAACUUUGUUCCUCUAAGAUGGAACUAUUGAAAAUACUACGGAAACAGUCAACAGCUUCACAAAGCUGCUCUGAGCCAUUAUGUACUUAACCUAGCAUGGAGAACUGCAGUUGGAAUGGCAAUCUGAAUAAUGAUUUUAGCAACUUCUUUGGAUUCUUUGCUUUUAAGCAUGUUUCACAGCCCUGUUAUUACACUGUUUGGACUGUAUGUAACAAGUGACGAAAGAAGACAGGCACACUUCAGCAAGGACCAUCCUGGUUCCUUUUAGAAAGGCUGGAUUCAGUAACAACUAUACAAACAGUGUUCCAGCAGUUGCAAUGUAUUGCAUGUACAAUUAGCAGAAGAUGUCCUUUGUGUCAUUUUUCAAAGUGGCUUAAAACUGACUUGCAAACAGGCUGAUAACCUCAAAACAAAAAAAAAAUCACUGAAAGCUGGUUAGUAUGGUCCUGUGUGUUUAUUUUAAAACUUUAUCUGUUGGUAACUUAAAGUGAUCUUUGAAGACCUCUGUCUUCUCCUAUAGACAGCAAAUUAAAAAACAACAACCCAAAAAAAGCAGUUAGCAGUCAUUAGAUGCAAACAAAGCACUCUCUAUUGAAAGUACCACCUUUACUGAAAAGGUACCCCUGUCUCACAUGAAAACAUACUAACUAACUGGGCUAGGUAUAUUGGUCAUUAGCCACAAGUCUGCCAGUUUGCUAGAUCCUGUGCAGCACAUGAAACUAAAUAAAAUACAGUUCAGCAAUUGCAACAGCAAUGUAGGUUCAGAAUAAGAAAGACCUGCAUAGCCAACAAGAUGCUGUUUUUGACUGAUGCCCUCAGCACCUUAUCAUCUGUUUGAUUUUUUUUUGUUUACUUUUAUGAAGUGCUAUGGCUAGUUCACCAGUCAGAGGAAUAACCAGUUAUCCACUAGAACCUCCACUGACAUGUGGCCCUGAUUCUGUCCCUUAAAGCAAAAAGGAACUACAGCUCUCUCCUUCAGUUUAAAAUCCCCCCCAAAAGCAUGAAAUCUGUGAGACAACAGUGGCCCAGCAAAUGAGUGAGGUUAGGAAGAGCAGGCAGGUUGUUUCACAGAAUUAAAAAUCUGCAUGAAGUAAAUUAGCAGAAAUUCCAAAAAUGAAAUCACUAACUUAAGGAAAUAAAAACAAGGAAUAUAUAUAAAAGAAUCUUUAUUUAAAGUUU